AUAGAAAAUCAGAUUCGAGCGUCGGUAUCAUAGAUUCGGCUCCAUUAGCCAAGGAAACAGAGAAGAAUCCAGCACUUUACUACUACGGCUCCUAUCCAGAAGAUCGACUAGUCAAUAUUUUCCCGAUACAAAUCACAUUCGGAUACGCCAACUCGUUUUGGACAACAAGAUGAAGAAGUCGCCGUUGAGAACGACUGUAUUCUUGUCUCUUCUCGGAGUCUCCUACGCACAGACAAGCAGUUGGGGCGAACCGUUCACUGUCGAAGUCUCAGCCCCAGCUGCUGCUUCGACGAGUGCCCUCAUCCCUAGUAUUGCCUCGCCAUCAGCUGCACCAACAUCAACAUGGGGCGAUCCAUUCACAAUCAGCAACAGUCCAAUCGCUACUUUGCCCCCAACAUCCGACAGCGUAUCAACAAGUAUAACUGUUGAAACGCCAACGUUUGUGACGAGCAGCACGGUUGUCAGCAGCACAGUUGUCAGUACUACGCUAGUCGUAUCAUCAGAGUCAAGAACAACGAGUGCUCCGAGUAGGACCAGCACUACGGAGACCUCUUCGAGCAGUGCAAGCCCGACAAAUUUGUCCGAGACUUCGCAGCCUACCGGUGCUGCUGCUGCACACGGGAGGGGAUACUGCAAGUGGACUUUUACUGGAGCAGUAGUGGGCGCAGUAGGAGCCAUGUUGGUUUGAGAAGCCACACAAGGUUUGGCGGAUAAAUGAAAAUAUGACAGAUUAAUAGGAAGAAUGGGUCGAGGGUAGUCGUGUAUGUUGCCUGUACAAACGUUCUCGAAUCGGUGUUUCGUCCCUGCCGAGUCAAUUACCCCAGCACCUAAGAGUAGGGCCGAGAAUAAAAGAGGAAAUGCUUUUCUGAAAUUCAUUUGAGCGAAUAGGCUGGCAUGUUUUAUCGCACCAAACGUGCUAGUGCAAUCAUAUACAAACUUUCGCCAUCUGCCUUACCCUAUCAUCUAGGACGUAGCAUCAAGUCCACCAGUGGGGGAAAAUACGAGCUUGGAUAAAGUUUAAAGAUUGGUAAUAGCGUACAAAACACGACUUCAUGCUGAAUCAGUUAGAUAAUACAUUUUGAUGUCGGCCAUCUCUUGAAACCCCAG